AUGAGACGGUGCGUAAAAAAUAUUAUUAAUAACGUUAAAAGUAUUAUUAUUAUUAUGUUAUUAUUCUUCGGGAAUUUAACAUUGUGUCAACGUAUCACGUCAAUAACGUCUGCUAGUAAAAGAGAUAAUUGCGAUUGUAUGGAAUAUUGGUCAUGCGUAACAAGAGGUGGAAAUCCGUACAGUUAUUGCGGUUUGUCGGAUACAAACGUUUGUUGUCUCAUAUCCGAAUCGGCACAAAGUGUUAAUUUUCAAAGUCGUCCAAUUCGUGGUAAACCGAAAUGCGGUUUAAAAGGUUACGACAGCGGUCGCGAUGGUUUUGCUGAUCCUUCCGAAUGGCCCUGGCACGUCGCCAUUGUUGAAGAACCAGGUUUUUUUUACGUUUGCGGUGGUACUUUAAUAGAUGAAUAUUGGGUUUUAACGGCUGCUCACUGCGUUGAAGAUUUUUCCAGAAAUUCACGGACGAAACUCAAAGUACGUUUGGGAGAAUACGACGUGACGAAAACAAAUGAAAAUCUACGUCACGAAGAUAGAAACGUUGGAAAAAUAAUAUUACAUCCGAAAUACGAUAACGAAACUUUAUUACACGACAUAGCACUUUUAAAAUUACAAUAUCCGGCAAAACAAAGGCCUCACAUAGACAUUGUUUGUUUACCUAAAAUCGAUUUGAAUUUUCCAUUGGAAUCCAAAUGCGUAAUAACGGGUUGGGGAAAAACAAACGAAGAUUCCAGAUAUUCGGAUGUAUUAAAAGAAAUAAUUGUACCUUUGUGGAACAAAUCCGCUUGCGAAGAUUCUUUAAGGCGUGAAUUCGGACCUGAAUAUAAAUUGUCUGAUACCUUAGUUUGCGCCGGAUCUCAAGGGCAAGAUGCUUGCGACAAAUUUAAAAGUGAAACUUUGACCGAGUGUAAAAGUUUGUGUGGUGACGGUGGGGGACCGUUGGUAUGUCAAAAAGAAGGACAAUGGUAUCAAGUCGGUGUUAUUAGUUAUGGAAUAGGUUGCGGACAAAAAAAAUCUCCAGGGGUUUACACAUACGUUCCUAAAUACGAAAGAUGGAUAAAAGAAACGGUUUUGUUUUAA